AUGCGACCCGCGAGCUCGCCCGCUACGGUGCCCAGCAGCAAUAAAAACAAUCUUUUAAGUGUCGCGGCUGACACAGCGUCGAUUAAAGAGACGAAAGAUGCACUACUUUCCGAUUCGGACAGUCCCACAAGUACUGCAGUCGAUUUGACGAUUAAUCAGAUAGAAGAAGACCUUCGACCAGAGAAUGUGGAGGAACAGGAGAUUGAGUGGGGAGACGAUACCGUUAAAGACGAGAUCGUUAGCGUCGACCCUGAGUCCCUGAGCAAUAAAAAACGACGGAGAGUGUCGUUUGAAUGUGCUGACAUUGUAGAAUUUGAACCCACAGCGUACACCACAAGCGUCACGUCCGGCGGAGUGCCCGUAGGUCUGUCGCUGAACGAGCGAUCUCGAUCACGACGACGAUUGGACUCUUUCGAGAUGGAACGAGUGAAUGUACGUGUGGGGCGACAAAACUAUAUGGAGGAAGGGUAUCUGGACCCACAAGAGCGUGAAGUUAUCCUGAAUAAUGCAGGCUGUGAAGAGCCUGUCAUUGCAUCGGCGGAAGCCGAAGUGAAUGCUAUUAUACAGAACAGACGUGAGUCAAAUGAGAUCGAUUUUGACUUUAUGUAUGGCUCCAGCGAGAUCGAGAUUUAUGAGGCGGAUGAAGAGAUAAACGUCUUGUCCUAUGAUCACGAUGUCGGUACACAACACGAAGAGCAACAAGACGUUGCGUUGGUCUCAUCAAACGAGCGCACAGAUCAGCUGGAGUCGUCGAAAAGCAUGGCACAAUCAUACCAUGAGGAUUUGUCAAAGGCAGCAUCAUUAUAA